CGAAUCCUCAAGGCUCUCACUGCUGUCUCGCAGUAUGAAAACUCCAUGAAGGAUUCCCAGUAAAUAAAACCAGAGAAGCCGUUCGAGACACCGGUCCGUGAUUUACUGGUUGGUGACGGCAAUGGCAAGCAAGUCAUUUCCGUCAAAGUCAUGGAGUUUGGUCCUCAAGAACACCACCAGGCUUCGUUUGAGCCAGUCUUUGACGAGAUCCACAAGCAGGUUCAAGACGCCAUCAAGUUACCAUUGUUUGCUACUGAAAUGAAAUCGAGCUUUUCUACUUCCACUGCGACGCAUGUGAUUGCAUCCCAAAUCAAUCUCAUGGAGGGCUUGCAAGAAUUCUUUGAGUACUCUGUAUCGUACAUGGGAUGCGGUCUGAAGCGCCUCGAAAUGAUGGGCACUGUGGAAGAUUGGGAACAUCUCAGAGAAAAGUUUAGGCGUGUUCGAGAACUCUUGGAACCCAUCAAGAGCCAUUUGGAAAUGUACCUCCCGAACGAGUGGUGGGCAUGUGUGGAAAUGGUGUUUGACAAUCUGCUGCUAACGGUAAAGGAGCCGGCGCUGGUGGGAACUUUUUGGCGCAACAUACUGCUGCAAGCCCCGCCCCAUUGGGUGACAGAUUACUACGGCAAAAAAGGGAAAGGGAUGCGACAUCGGGAACAAGUAGAUGCAUACGAUGGCUGGGUGGUACGGUUCUUGGGAGGAAAUACAGAUAUCCUUUGCAACAACGACGUCCACGACAUUGUCAUUGAUGGGGAAACCCGAUCAACGAGAUGAGUGGUCUUUGCCAAGCACCGCUUAAAGUUACUUUGGAAUGGUAUGCGCCACCCAUCACAGAGGAAGUUCAGUUGAUUGGUGGCAUCAUGGGAUUCAUCUGCCACCAAGAUGAUACCAUGAAUGGUGCCCCAACCCUGCAACCGCAUCACAUGUGGGCCAUGCUGGUAUCGCCUACUUCCAAACUCAGAAAUGUGCGAGACUUGUCCAUUCAGCAUAGCGGUUAGAAAUUUUCGAUGUAAGAAGCCAAGAUCACACCUGAUGGACAAAAACGACACGUUUCCCUGGCUGAGCAUUGGACCUUGUGUUUCCCUCGCCAGCGAGCCCGGGGUAUCCUCUGUCACCCAAGCGCCUUCUAUUCUUUGGGGCUUGGCCCACUUCGGGCUUCUCAACACCCUGGAUUCUUCGCUGGCACGGUACGGUACCGGUACAGUACAACCGUUGUCUCCCAUGCCAGCUAGCUAGCAAGUGUGCAGGUACUGGUAGAAUCUAUGGCUGCAUGUAGCUCGCUAGUAGCAAAAGCUGAAGCCAGUGGUCUAUGUGGGUAGCUGCAGCUAGUAAUGCGGUUAUACUAAUAAUAAAGACCUCCUUGGGUUUCCCUAACUUACUUCAAAGGUACCAUAGGUGACGGCUGGGACGCAAUCAGCCAGGACACCGGUACGGUACAUUGAAUUUAAACAUAGUUGCC